AUGAUAGCCGCUCAAGAACUCUCUGAAUUUCUUCAAAUGGAGAUUCGCCUCAAAUUCGAGGAAGAAGUUCUUGAAUUCUACAGAAAUGGAGAAAUCAAAUCUGCUCAGUCAAAGAAAAAUCCACAGAGCACAUUUCCAGUCAUCAAGUCCACUGUUGGAGGCUCAAAGGUGAAGCUUUCGCAGAACAAAUUGGGAAGAAAGCUUUGCCUUCCCAAUUCUGGAGUUGAAGUUGGGAAAUUUCCAGUCAAAAAUCUGGACUGGAACAUCAUUGGAAUUUCUGGGCGAACUCCUUCUGGCCCAGCAAAGAAAGCAGAUCUGAACAACGAUUACAAGUUGAUUUUGGAACUGGUCAUCGCCUGCCUCGAAUGUGGGAGUGGAGACUUUGAAGCAGAUGAUGAAGAUACUGCAGUCUACAAGCCAGUCUUCUCAAAAGCCACAGAAGAUCAAAUGGCUCCCACUUCUGAAGAAAUAGCUGUUUUGGAAACAACAGCUGAGGAUUUCCCUAUCUUUACGGAAACCUCACCUGCGUUCGAAAUGGUUCUGACUGAAACUGUUCAAGAGAAGGCAGCCUCUCCCCCACAAGAGCAGAACCAGGAAGCAACUGAAGAAGAAGAAUUUCAGCGACUGAUCCAAUCUCAAGUGCUCGAGAUCCUCACAACUCCUUGUGAGAUCUCCAAUCAGACACAACUUGAGAUUCUGGAAAAGUCAGCAGAAAUUCCGGAACAGUCAGCUAUUCCAGAAAUUAUGGAGAAAGAAGUAGAAGUCCAAAGGCACUCUGGAAAAGCUGAGAAGGAAUCUCAGAUGGCAGAAGAGGAGGUCUCUCAAACUCCAAUAGCCAUUUUUGAAGAACCAAAUGAAGCUGAAGAUAGUGACUCACUCUCAAGAUACAUAUCAAAUUUUGCACUUGAUGAAGCAGAAGGAGAAUCUGAGAGGACACUAAAGAUCACUGAUGAAGAAGAUGUGCAAGAAGAUGCUGAAUCUCUUCCUUUGCAACUCUUUCAAAGGACAUCAUCUCCUCAUCAGGUAACCAAUUUUCACUUCCAUAGCUCUUCCACUCCUACUCUUCCGGAUGAGAUCCCGGAAACCUGGACAAAGAAGGUCCAAGGGCUGAUUGAGUCAGCCCUAGCAUCUCAACAUGCCUCCUUUAGGCAAGAGAUAGAGCUAAUGGAAGCCAAACACACUGAGCUGAUAGAGAAAUCUGAAAAGAAACACAGCGCUGAUCUCAAGGAGAUAAGUAAAUCAGUAGAAAAGACUCUAGAGAUCAUCUCUCUAUUCAGUAAAACUGUGAGCAAUACGAUGGAAAUAUACACCUCUGACAGUCAACUGCAAUUCAAUGAAUUCAACAAAGUCAAGGAGCAAAUAGAAAAUGUCACAAUUGGUCUGCAAAAACAGAUGUCCCUUCUCCAAAUGGACAUCAGAUCAGCCCUAGCUAUAGCUUCAGCAAAUCAAGUAGUAACCAAAGACUACUUGAAGGUGAUCAUUGACAAUCAAAAGGAAGCAUACAAGCUGUUCAGACUUAUUGGUGCACAUUCUAGGAGCCGCAAGAUGGAACAAAGAAAUCCGGAAAACUCAGCACAGCACCUAUCCAGCUCAGGACUGGAUGGAACAGAAUUUAUAGGUGCAGUUGCUGACCACUUCUCAGAUGCUGCUCAAACAGAGGAAAGGGGUGAAAACUUAAGGCGCAUCAAAGAACUGUGUGGGAACAUGCAGGGCAUCAGUGAAGUUGCCGGAUCUUCAAAACGCAAAAGGAACUGAAUGUUCUUUUCAUCAAACCAGGGGGAAA